CGCGGGUUCCAGUGUAGAGGGCAACUUUUCCUCCACACACCCCGGGGUCUGCAUUGACUUAUCCCUUAUGGACAAGAUUGUGGAGUUUCACCCAGACGACUUGGAUGUGACUGUGCAGGCUGGCGUAAACUGGACUCAACUUAACGAAAGCAAUGAGCUCAAGGCAAGUGGGUUGUUCUUGCCUCUCGAUCCUAGCCCAACGGCACAGAUUGGUGGCAUGAUUGCAACGAACUGUAGUGGAACCAAUGCCAUGAGAUAUGGCACGAUGAAGGACUAUGUUCUAAGUUUGACUGUUGUACUAGCGGACGGCUCUAUCAUCAAGACCAGGCGUCGGCCGCGCAAGACUUCGGCUGGUUACAACCUGAACAGCCUAUUUACCGGAUCCGAAGGCACACUUGGAAUUAUCACGGAGGCAACCCUAAAACUAGCGGUUGUACCAUCUGACUACAGUGUGGCAACCGCUACAUUUUUAACCGUAAAGGAUGCUGCGGACGCGGCGUCCAAGAUGAUUCGCAAAGGCAUCAACCUCGCCGCUUGCGAACUCAUGGAUGAUGAACAGAUGAAAGUCAUAAACAAGAGCGGUGGAGUGGGAGGAAAGAUGUGGGAAGAGUUACCGACUCUGUUUCUCAAGUUUUCAGGUUCGCGACAAAACAUCGAGGACAGUGUUCGGUUGGCAAAGAGCGUCAGUAGUUCUUCCAAGUGCCAGACAUUUCUCUCUGCGAAGAAGAAAGAAGACAUGGACUCUUUGUGGUCCGCUCGCAAACAAGCUCUUUGGGCUUGCCUUGCUGCCCGCCCGGAGGGCACGGAAAUCUGGUCUACCGAUGUAGCAGUUCCAAUCUCACGUAUGGCACAAAUGAUAGAGGAAUCCAAAAACGAUGCAAUACAGAUGGGCCUCUUCUCCAGCGUACUUGGCCACGUUGGUGACGGCAACUUCCAUCAGAUGAUCAUGUAUGAUCCGAAGAGACCAUCGGACGUGGCGAACGUGAAGGGCUUCAUAAAUGGAAUGAUGCACAAAGCUUUAGAGAUGGAAGGAACUGUGUCGGGCGAACAUGGCAUCGGCAUUGGGAAGAAGCAUUGCUUACUUGAAGAAUUGGGCUCUGACACAAUUGGGGUAAUGAAGGCUAUCAAAGGUCGCUUGGAUCCUCAGUGA